AUGUCCGAUUCCGAGGAUGGGGGUGACCUUUUCGGCGACGAGGGCGAAGUUCCGUUUAUAGAUCAAGUGCUUAGUGAUCAGGAUCUUGCUUCGGAACAAGAUGAAGGUGAUGAACGCGAUGACAACCGCGACCAUGACCGUAGCCGCGACCGAGAUGAUGAUGCGGACGAGGACCAAGAGGUCAAGGUAAAACGCAUCAUGGGUGUCACACUUCAUCGACACAGGAUUCCACGAACCUCUAAGGAUGGUACUGGUUCCCUACAAACGAUGAAAGUUCCCUCCUUCAUCAAGCUACAAGCUGAAGAAUACAAGCCCGACGCGUUCGAGCCGACCGAAUGGGACAUACAGAAUGCGCGAUCUGAGCAGCGCAAGAAUGCUGUCCGCUUCCAACGGGACCCCGAGACCGGCGAGCUUAAGAGCAACGCUGUUGUAUACCGUUGGAGCGAUGGAUCUCUCACCAUGUCUGUUGGGGCAGACCACUACGAGAUACAGAAGAAGGCAAUGGCACCCGCGGCUGACAAGCCAUAUUACGAAGAGCGUGACGAUGCCCACUACUACGUCGCAGCAGCGCAUUUUACGAGUGAGCUAUUCAUGACUGUGGGCCACGUUUCCGAACAAUACUCCGUGAAGCUUCCCUCGAACCUAAAGGACGAGGCUCUACUCAAGUUCAGCCGAGACAUGGAAGCCGCUCAGCGCGCUAGAAGACAAGGUGGUGAUAUGAUUAUCACAACUACGAAAGAUCCCGAGCUUCAGAAGAAAGAAGCAGAGUUGGCCGAGAAAGAGCGCAUGAAAGCACAGAGACGACGGGAGAAUGCAGCUGCGCGACUUGAUGGACGAACUGGAGGCUACAGGAGCGGAGGACUUUCGAUUGGCGACCUAGAGGGCGGCCGCAGAAAUGGUGGCUCUCGAAAGAGAGGUGCGCCGGGCUCAGGAAAGGGCAAGCGACGCCGACCAGAAUAUGAUUCCGAUGAUGACUUCCCGUCAGGUGGAGGACGCCAGAACGAGUAUGAUCGCGAGGAUGAUUUCAUCGCCCCUAGUGAUGACGAGGAAGAAGCAAACGAGGAUGACGAAGAUGAAGAAGAUCUUUUAGAUGAUGAUGACGAGGAAGAAGCUCCCCGAAAGAAGCGCCAGAGGACAGCUGACGCUGAAGAUGCUGAUGCCGACGCGGAUGCUGACCUGGACGACGUGGACGCGCCGGCCGAGUCUUCCCACCGGCGAAGACGCCAUAUCAUUGCCGAGGACGAGGAUGACGAAUAG